AUGGAGAAUGAGGAACCAAUGAUAGUGGAAGUGCUCAAGAAGAGAAACGAAAGCUACUAUCCCUUUGAUACUUUUGAUAUAUACAAAGUAGCAACCAUGAAGUUGAACGAACAAGUGAGAGAGUGGCAGAUGUUGGGUGUAAAACGGAUAUGCGAAUGUGUCGUUACAGAAGUGGUCAGACCCCCAUCUUCCGCUCAAGGGCCUUGGACCUUUGGCAGCUCAAAAGCUGCAGCGAUAGCCGAGGGCUUGCAAGGACCAGCAAAGUUACGUGAAGGUGAUAUUACGGUGCAGGCGAUACCCAAGGAGGGAGAUUUAAUUGGAUUGGAAGUGUUGGAGUUAACAGCUGAAGAGACAGACUUUGAAAUCUAUUAG